AUGAAGUAUCUCCUGUGCCUGUGUUUACUCUUUGCUCUUCUUUGUGCUGUAACCCAUUGUCACCAUGGAGACAUUUGCCAUGAAGUCCAUAAUACUGAUCUGCGUGACGGAAGAGGAAAUUUAUUAACACAUAACUGUGACAAGCAAGGCUCUAACUAUGCAGAUUUUGUAUUCAGAUUUUACAAGCAAGCUAUCUCAAAAGACGCUGAUAAAAAUGUUUUCUUUUCUCCCAUAAGCAUCUCCACUGCUUUUGCUGUGCUGGCUGUUGGUGCUAAAUCAACAACCCUGUCUCAGAUUUUUGAAGGACUGGGCUUUGACAAUCUGACUGACACUCACAUACAUGAUAUACAUGAAAGUUUUCAUAAAGUUUUAGCAGUACUGAACUGUACUGAUGGUAACAUCACAUUAAAUAUAGGGAAUGCUCUUUUUACAGCUACUGGAUAUGAACCACAGGAGACAUUUUUACAAAAUACUAAACAAUUUUAUGAUGCAGAUUUUUUUUCUAUCAAUCUCCAUGAACAAGAAGACUCUAAGAACCAAAUUAAUAAAUAUGUAGAGGAGAAAACCAAGGGGAAAAUCCCUGAAUUAAUUGGUCAUCUUGAUCCAAGCACUGUAUUGGUUCUUGUUAACUACAUUUAUUUUAAAGCUCCCUGGGAAACAUCUUUCAAUCCUUCGCACACCUAUGAGGAUGAUUUUUUUGUGAACACAAAUGUAUCUGUUAGAGUCAACAUGAUGCAACGCGACAGUGGCUAUGAGAGUUACUAUGACCAGGAUCUCUCUUGCAAGGUUGUAGAGCUGCCUUACCAGGGCACUGCACGAGCACUGCUAAUUCUGCCUGAUGACGGGAAGAUGAAACAAGUGGAAGAUGCUUUCUCCAAGGAAACUCUUUGUAAAUGGAAUAACAGGCUUGCAACCAGGAGAUUACAUCUGCGUUUACCAAAGAUUUCUAUUAGUGAGUCCUACGAUGUUAAAGACCUGUUCCAGGAACUGGGCAUUACGGAAGUAUUCUCUAGUGAUGCUGAUCUGUCUGGAAUUACUGGCAGCCAUAAUCUUCAGGUUUCAGAGGCAAUUCACAAAGCCCUACUGGAAGUUGAUGAGGCUGGAGCNNGGGGUGGGGGAGCCACAGCCAUAAUGCUUACCAGAGGGUCCCGUUCUGAAACCAUCGAAUUCAACAGGCCCUUCAUUAUCUUGAUUUACGAUAAAAAAACUAGCACUGUACUUUUCAUGGGGAAGAUUGUCAAUCCUACUGAGAAGUAA